AUGGAAACAGUACUUUAAGAAAGUAUACUUGCAUUAACUUUUAAUCAUGAGAGAAGCAGUAUUAUCUAUUUGGCACAACCAAGUUUCUAAGGUGAAAAUCCAAUAAAUGAAUUGAUUGAAUUGGAUUUACACAAUCAAACUGUAUUGGAGAGGUAAAUAAUAAUAAUUGAUAUUAGAUAUAUCAUUUCAAAGUAAUUACCAAAUCAACCUCCAUUUAUGCUUAUCACUUCAAGAAGGAAAGGAUAUUUAAUAUUGGCAUUUUAGCCAUCUUUAAUGGAAAUAUGGUAAUUAGGGAAUAGUGCACAAGGAUUUAAUUAAUCAAUUUGGUCAGGUGAAACAAAAGGAAGAAGUGGAUAUGAAAUCUAACAUGCUGAUGUGAGCAAUUUGGAUGUAAGUUUUGCAUUUAAUUACUUAAAAAGGGUAUUCUCUUCUUCAGCGCUAUAGAUCAAAGAAAUAUUUAUUGUGCAAAUAUUGAUGACACAAUCUAAUCUAAUGGACCUGAAUUAAUAUUAAGUAAAUUGAGAUUACCUGAACGAGUUAAUGUUAAUGAUUUGAAAUGCCAUCCUACUGAUUAUAAAAUAUGCAGUGCAUGUUCAGAUGGAUUAGUAAGAGUAUGGAAUUAAACUACUUAUACUUAAUUAAAUAGUAUACAAGAUGAACAUAAUAUUAUAAUAUCACUUUCAUUUUAAUAGGAUGGUUAAAAGUUGUUAUGUGGAUGUGAUAAUGGAAAAGUAUUAAUUAUUAAUAAAUAUUAGAUUUUAUGUUAUGAUGCUAAAACUUUAGGAGAUAGAAAUAUAUUAUUAGCUAUUUAUUAAUUAGAAUAGAAUCAUAAUAAUGGUAUAUUAUGUUUACAUUGGGUAAAUUAUAAUGGAGCUAUUAAUUGUAAUUAAUUUUUGGCUUAUCUCUAUGAUGGAAAUAUCAAAUUAUUGAAUAUCAAAUUACUUGUACCUUAAGAUAUGAUCAGAGAUCAGAAAGUAUCUAAAUCAAAAAAAUAAGAACUUUUUGGAAGUAUUAAAGAAAUUUAAAAUCUAUAAUCCAUUAAAAAUGAUCUAAAAUACAAUGCAUAAAGAUAAUAACCAAAUAUUGGAUUAUCUAAAUUCAUAUAAAUACAUCCUUAUGCAAAUUUUGUUAGUCUUAAUUCCAUCAAGACAUUACCAGAUUAAACUCUACAAAGCUAAAUAUUCUAUUAAUAUAAAACAUAGAUUAUUCUACUCAAUGAUAAUACUAAUCUCUUAGCUGAAUAUCCAGUCUGUUCAUAAUAAUAUUAAUAUUCCUUUUAAGAACUCUUUCCAGAUGAUAAAAAUAGAAUCUUAACCUAAAGAUAUCUUUAUUAUAUUGAUUAACACACAAUGGAAAUAAAAUAAUAUUGUUUAGCUAAAGGAAUAUUAAAAUCAAUUGCUAAUUUACGUUAGAUGAUUUUAGUAGAAAAUCCUAUCUUCUAUUAAUUAAGUGUAAGACCAAACUCUCUUAAAUUUGCUUAAAGAACAUAAUUUCUCUUGAGUUAUAAAAUUGAAACUACAUAUAGAUGUUGUACAGUAAUGUCUAAUGAUGGAGUAUUAUCAGAUAAUUUAAAAGAAUAUCCUGCUCGAUUUUCUAUGUUCUUAGGUUAAGAAUGUUGGUCUAAUCCUCCAUUAUUUUUAUUGUAUGAGGAUAGAUCAAGUUAUAGUAUAAUAUUUGAAGAUACAUUACCUUAAGAGGAAGAUAUGUUAAAAUUAUUGAAUAAAUAAGAUAAAGAUAAAUUACAAAAUUAAAUGAAACAAUCAUUAAAUUUAAAAGUUUAAAGAAUGUUUUGGACACCUUUGAGAUCAGGUUUUGUUGUAAUAUAUUAACCAAUGAAUGAGAAUAUUUUAAAAUUUAGUAGAAAUAGAAAUUCAGACAAUAAUCUCUUAGAUUUACUCAUGUAAAGUGGUUCUGAAAUGAGUUUCAAAUUUGGAAAUGAUGAAUAAGUAACAGAUCUAGUUUGGUAGAAGGAUCAAAAUAUAGGAGCUAUAGUUACAAUUCAUAAUGUUUAUAUAGUAGAUGAUAGUUUGAGUACUCUGAAAUUAAUAUCACUUCAACCACAAGUUAAUAAAAAGUAAGUACAAUAAUCAUAUAAAUUAGAAAUCGAAUUCUUCUUACAUAUUGGAUGGCUUAAACUUUAAUUUUAUAAACAAAAUUUCAUAUUCUUUAUGUUUUACUCAAUGGAACUUGUGCUUCUAUUUAAUCAAUUGAUAAUUAUGAGGAAAAGAAUGUACUUUCUGCUUUGUUAUGGGAUAGAAUGAUUUUAUUAUGUUAAAGGUAAAUGAAUUAUUAUAUCAAUAGUCAUUCUAAAAAAUAAAAUAAUAUUGAAAUCAAAACUAAAUCGAUCAAUAUCCUAUAACCUAUUAUAUAAGGAUACAUACAUAAUAAAAGAUUUUUUAAUUAAGAAGUUGAUGAAUCUACUAUUACAAAAUUGUUAUUGACAUUUGCAAAUCCAAAUAUAGAUUAUUCACUCAUUAAAGAUUUAGAAUAGUAAAAAUAACACAUUAUCAUAAAGAUUCGUUUCAUGUGCCAAGUUUAUUAUUUAACUAGAUGAUUGCAAUUAAUUUACAAAACAUUAAAAAGCUAAAUUUUUCAUGAAUACCUUAGAUCAUGAAAAUUUAAAUGAGACAUUGUUUGGUAGUGGGGGAAUUGUAAAUAAUGAUGAUUUGUAAUAGCAAUUAAUCAAAAAAAUUAAGGAUAGAAGAUUUGAAUACUUAUAAAUUUUACUUUAAUAAGCAAAAUAAUUCUAUCUUAUGACAUUUUAAUAUAGGAUAGCUGCAGAAAUAGAUGCCAUUCUUAAUAAAUAACCUAAUUUUAUUAUUUAAAUCUUAAAAAGAUAGAAAUAAAUAGAUAAAAUUGAUUAAUAUUUGACUAAAGAAUAUACUACACAUGAUGAAGCAAUUUAAUUGGCACACAAAGUCUAAAAUUAAGGCAAUAUGUUCUUUCGAGAUAAUAUUAAAUAACUAAUAGAAUUUUUGACUCAAUAAUAACAAUAGAUUAAAAAUAAUUAAGAUAUGCAAAAUAUGCUACCUUCUUAUUAUUUUACUGAUUACUUAUUGGAUAAAUUAUAAUAAAUAUAAAAUAUGAAAUCCUUAUAAUGUAAAGUUGAAUUUGGAAAGGAUAAAUUCAAUUUAAUUUAUGAGGAUAUCAGAAAUGAUGAAGAUGAAGAGGAAUCAGUUGUUGAUAAUAAGGUUAUAAGAAUAUUUGAUAGAUUGACUUAUGAUACUAUUGGAUUCUUUUUAGGUGUAGGUGGACAACCUUAAUCUUAAUAAGUAAAUAAUAUUUUUGAUGCUAAAAAUGAUGAUGAUAAAUAAAAAUAAGAUUAAUAAUAUGAUUUCAAUGAUAAUAGUACUAAAGAAUUCUAAGAACUUUUAAUAUAUUGGAGAAUAGAUGAAGGUAAAGGAAAUAAAAUAGGAGAUUAUGGAAAUUACAAUUGUGUUGGUGAUAUAUAUGUAAAUAAAGAAAUAAGUUCAGAAACAGAAAAUUUAUGGGAAAAAUUAGAAGAAAGUGAUCCAAUGGAUUACUAAGAUCUUUGGGGAAAUGUUUGUAAUGCAUAAUAGGGUUUUGAAUUAGGUCCUUAAGCAGGAAUUUAAACAAGAAAAAAGAAUUAUUGGAAAAAGAAUAAACUGUCAGAUUUUACAAUUGAAAUGUGGAUUAAACCAUUAUAAUCAUCUGGAUAAAUAUUACAAGUUGAUUAAAAUUUAAUACUUAAUAUUAAUGAGUUGAAUAUUGAAGUUAUUGUUGAUGGUUCAAUUGUAUAAUUCAAUAUUGAUGAAAAUGAUGAAUAUAAUCCAAUGAAUUAACCAUAAAUUAAAGUCAAUUUUUGGAAUCAUAUUUGUUUAUCAUACGAAUAAUCAGCAUCUGUAUUAUAUUUAUACAUAGCAGCUAAAUAUUAAUUUAGUUGUCAGGAGCUUGAAAUUUCUAAUGAACUUUUUAAGAAUAAAAAUUUAAUUUUGGGACAAGCAUCAUAAGAACCUAAUCCCAAAUAUCCUAUUAUCAAGUGUAUGAUAACUGAAUUCAGAUUUUGGAAAUAAAAAUUUUAACUAAAAGAAGUUAGAGAUGGUUAUAGAUAACCUUUGCCUAUUGUUCAUGAGAAAUAAAAAGAAAUAAAAAUUGAUAUUAAAUAAGAAUUUAAACCUAAACCUACUACUGGAUUAAAUGCAUUUCAAGGAUUGAAAUUAGAUUUUGCAUUAGAACCAAUUGAGGAAAAGCCAAUUAAAGAAGUUUAACAAGAAGAUGAUGGAUAAAAUGUUUAAUAAAUAGAACAAUCCAAUUCUGAUUUUGGCUGGUUUGGAGGAUCAUAGCCAAAUUAAUCUUAGAAUCCCAAUAAUUUUGAAUUUGAUAGCAAUUUCAAUGCUUUUGCUUAAGCAGCUGUUCCUUAAGUUUAAUAAGGAGAGUGGGGAAGUGACUUUAACGAAUUUGCAACUUUUGAUUAAACCUAAUCUAAAUCUGCAAAUAACUCUUUGAAAAAUGAUUUUUCUACUUUUGUAAGUGACCCUUAAUAAUUUCAAUAAACAUAGCCAUAGUAGAAAAAUAAAGAAGAGCCAAAGUAAUAAUAAUAAUAAAAGUAGAAAUAAGAAUAAUUAAAGGUUUAAUAAUAAUAAUCAGUUCCUCAAUAAAUUGAGAAAUAAUAGUCAUAAUAAUAAUAAUAAUAAUAAUAAUAAUAAUAAUAAUAAUAAUAAUAAUAAUAAUAAUAAUAAUCAUAAUAACAAUAAUAAUAAUAAUAAUAAUAACAAUAAUAAUAAUCAUUAUAAUAAAUACCUCAAAAGAAUUCAAUUCAAGAAAUUCAACAGAUUGUUGAUUAAGCUGUAAAACAUUUUGGAUUAAAAUAAACAAAAGAAGGAGUUGAGAAUCUGACCAAGGCCUUUUUAAAGUUGAAUGAAUAUUUAUAAGGAAAUAAAGAUAAGCUAUAAAGAGUAUAAACUUAAUUUUAUAAUUUAGAUUUAAAAAUUUAUUGUCCAUUGUGCUUAAUAUAGAUUUGCUUUUUAAUUGCUUAUUGGAAUAAAUUAAAUGCAUGAGAAAGGUAAUUUUAAGAAAGAAAUUUAUAUGCAUUUGAUAUUGAUACAUCAAAAUAUUAUUCCAAGUCAUAAAUUACAUUGGAUUAUUUAAUCAAUAUUUAUUUGCAUUGAAUAUGAAAAUACAGCACUUGCAGAAACAUUACUUAAUUAAUUGAAAUAGAGCUUAGAUAAAGUAAAACUUACAGAAGAAGAUGAUUAAUUAUUAAAGGAGUGUGAAUCAAAGUUAAGUAAAAUACAAGAUAAAAAGAAUUCCGGAUUAUAUAAGUUAACAUGUCCAAAUUGUAAAAGUCAUUUUCCUUUUAAAGGAAUAAAGAAAUGUAAUAAAUGUAAUAAAGACUUUUUAAUUUGUCAAUUUAAAUUGUUAUGCAUAUCUAAGGUUGAUUGUCUAAGAUGUAAGGCUUGUGAAUCUGUUUUCAGCAAAGAAUCAUGUUAAGUAGGUUAAAAAUGUCCAUAUUGUCAUAUUGAUGUAUUGAAUAUACCUGGUGCUUGA